AUGAACUUUUUUAAUGUAGUAUUAAUCAUUUGGACUGCCAAUGGUUCUCUGAAGGCUAGAUUGGCUGCCAAACGAUGCACUGCUUCACGCAGGUUUACUGCGGCCUCCAGCAGGCCCCGGCCUCGGGAGCGGCCCUUCCCGGAGCGCCGGGUGCUUCUCGCGCUUUGGCAGCGGCCGCGGGAUGUCCGGCUCUCCCGGCCCCAAGCCCGGCCGGCCGCCCUGUCCGCGCUGCCGCCAAGCACGAUCCCUCCCUCUGGCAGCCGAACCGGCUCCGGCCAGCAACCCCGGCUCACCCCCGGCCCCGCGCCCGGGCUGCCCGUGCUGGCCCGUCCGCAGGGGAGGGAGCGCGGGCAGGCACCGCCCCACGCCCCGCUCCGCCCCGCCGCCUAUUCCCCGGAGAGGCGCCCCGGGACGGGCAGAAGGCGCAGGCCGCAGGCGGGAGUGGAGGCGCGGAGGCAGCCCUGGCGAGUGAGUGUCCCGAAGAGCGCCGGGCAGAGCGGGGCGGGGCGGGGCGGCUGGGCCGGAGCCGGUCCGCCCUCGCCACACGUGAUGCCGCGGGGAAGCGCUGAGGGGAAGCGGCGGUGGCGGCGCGGGCUGCGGGAGGGCCGGCGGUGGCCGGGGGCUCUGCCGGCGGUGCGGGGAGCGCCCUGCGGCCCGGGCCGCGCUCCGAAAGCCACGUGGGAGCCGGCCCGGCCCUGCCGGUGGCGGGGGGCCCGGCGGGCGGCUCAGGGCUCCUGUUCAUGA